UAUGUAAAGUUUUGAAUUACAUAAUUUUACUUACAUAUAUGACGUCAUACAUGUAGAAAAAUGACGUCAUAGCAACUUUUUGAUCUUGUAAUGGUGACAAAUAAUCUAGACUCCAACUGCAAACUUUGAAGAUCAAAUUCAUAUACUGAAGAAAUAUGAAUAACAGAAAAAAAAGUAAACUUUCGGCUAAGGAAAUACUUAUUAGGAACAGAGAACGAAAAAGGCUUCAGAAAAAUGAAACGAGUAGAAAAUCUUAUGGAAAGUUGUACAAGAAUAAAGAGAGCGAGACAAAAACAGAUAGUCAAACGAUUAAUGCAAGAAAAAAGAGAGAACAAAGGGAGAAAUCUAAGAAAAUAAAUGAAAGAAAACUGAAAAAUAAAAUGAAUGUCCGUAAACACAGAGGUAAAAAAAAUGUAGAACUUUCAUCAAUGUCACUUGUUGUACCAGAAGGUUCAAAUGUUUUCAAAAACAGAAUGGAAAAGGCCAGAGCCCUAAGAAAAUUUAAAGAAGGUUUACCAAAAUCUCCAUCUAAACGAUGCGCAGUUAUAUCGACUUAUUUGGCCCGCAGAUCCCCUCGAUCGCCAACAAUAGCUAAUCUGAAACAUUCAGUUUCGCCAGUUGAAAUGGCCGUCGUUGCAGAUAUUCAAGAAAUAAUAAAAUCUACAAAAUUAAAGCGAUCUAAGAAUGCACGUUCGGUAAUGAAUUCUGUUACUGCAUCAAUCAGCGGGGAAAAUUUAGCAAACUCGAGAGGUAAAAUUAAACUGUGUAAAAAUUUAGGUUUGCCAGCAAGAAGGGUUGCUGGAGGCCAGCGUAUUAGGUCUAGAAUUCUUAAAAGUAAAUCGUCUGCAUGGGCUCUUACGCAACAGAAAACAAGAAAAGAUUCCAUUUCAGAAGAAACAAAGAAAACAGUUUAUAACUUUUGGCUCUCUGAUGGCAUAUCACACCCGACCGGCAACAAAUCCGAUAUCAAAAGAGAACGAUUGGGACCAAACUUAUAUACUUCGCAUAUGACACACGUGCUGGAAAAAACACAAACUGAUGCGUAUUUAGAUUUUGUCGCCAAAUAUCCAGAAAUUAAAAUUGGACAAAGAGCAUUUGAGAAACUUCGACCGUUUUUCGUAAGACCUGCAUCUGAAAAAGAUAGAAAUACAUGCUGUUGUAGAUAUCACGUGGAAGCAAACCUUGUUUUCAAAGCAUGUAUGAAGUUCAGAAAAUCGUGUGACAGGGAAACCGAUUCGCAAGAAAGUGACUAUCCCGUAUUUGAGAAAAUGUCAGACCUUAUACAUAUUACGCUAUGUCCAAAAGUAAAUGGAUUUUAUAGAAAAAAUUGUCUUGACCGAAAAUGUAGCCUUUGCGGAGUUGGUAAUUUCAAACUUUCACCUAACGAAUCACAGUCGUCUUCAACUGUUGAAUGGCAAAAAUAUGAAUAUAUAACUGAAAAAUCGAAGGGUAAAAAUGUAAGGCGCCGACUGACCCUGAUAAAAAAGAAAACUAGCGUAAACGAAAUGUUUCUCAAUUUAAAAAAGCUUCUCGAAACUUUCCCCGCUCACCAGCACCGAUCAAACUGGCAAAGCAAUCAACUUAAAAGUCUUGUUCAGAACUUGCCAGUCAAUCAUUGCAUAUGCAUCCACGAUUAUUCGGAAAAUUAUCGCUGUGUCGAGAAAGAAGAAAUCCAAUCCAAUUACUUCCAAAGAACUGAAUGCAGCAUUCAUGUAACCGUCAUGCACCGACACGCCAUUUUAGAAUACGAUGGUGUAGACAGUACAGAAGAAUUUCCGGAAAUAAUUACGGAACAUUUUUUCGUAAUUUCCCCGGACCUGCAACAUGAUAAUGAUUUUACAAAAUAUGUCCAAAAGAAAGUUAAGGAAUAUUUAGAUUCAAUAUCAUACACAGUUGAUCAUAUGCAUGAAUUCACAGACGGUUGUUCUAGCCAAUAUAAAUCGCGGCACUGUUUAGGAAGUUUAUCUACUGCCAUCCCUGAUUUCGGAUAUAAAACAUUCCAUAGAAAUUUCUUUGAAACAAGCCAUGCAAAAGGGCCUCAAGAUGCCGCGGGGGGAUUUAUAAAAAGACAGGCGGACAUAUCUGUUCUACGUGGCAAUACAGUGAUUCAGAAUGCGAAGGAUUUAUUUACGUUCUGCGAAAGUAGCCUUAAAAAGCCAAGAAGUGCAUUAUUUAAAAGAAGGGUAUUUCGAUAUGUGGACUCAAUUGAUAGACACAAUUCCAAAAUAUUUAAGCCGAUCCAGCAAAAUAGACAAAUACAUCAUGUUUUUACUAGUACAUGUAAUGAAAUCAUUGUUUCCGAUCUCUCUUGUUACACGUGCGAUCAAUGCAUUUUGGGGAAUUAUCUUAACUGUUUAAAUGUAGAAAAUACCGGGGUAAAGAAAACUAUUAAGCCACGCGAAAUAACACAAACUUCUAACGAAGAAGAAGUAGCACAAGACACUGACAUUCUUUCAGAAGACAUAUCAGAUUUGGUAUCCAUAAACUCUGUUGUGGCUGUCAAAACCGACGAUGAUAACUUUGACUAUUAUUUAAUGAAAAUUUCCAAAGGUUCACACGUAUUGAAUUCAGCAGAGAGUGACAGCUGGGGUGCUACAUAUCCCCCUGGAUUCGAGGUUUUCCGGGGUCAUUAUUAUGACAAAAUCAGUGACAAUGAUCUGUUGAAAUAUAAACUUUUAAAGACAAAGACUGCUUUGGUACCGACGAAAUCUCUGCUAUACAUACUUGCUGAUGUAGAUGCCUCUUAUCGUAUAACUAUUUCAGAGGACACCCAUCUAGACAUUCUUUCAGUAUUGGACAAUUUGGAUUGA